CGAACAAGGAAGGAGACGGGCAGAUAGGGUUUUCUUCCUUGCCGAACACCAUUUUCGGAAGGAAGGGCUCCUGACGAGCUGUCUUUCCUGCCCAAAGAGUCCCUUUCUGUCUUGGAAGCCCCUGCCACUGCUGGCAAAGGACUUGUGCCUUGUAUCAGCAACCUUUACAACCUCAACAAUAGGUUGUGGUUGUUUCCUCCUGUGUGCUUUUGUUCACAGCUUGUCCGUUACCACUCAGGAUAGCUGGCAGAAAUUUUGAAAAAAUUUCUCCCUGAUCCUUCGCUGAGUUGCUCCACAGAGGAACUUGGCAGGGUGUUCUUCUGGUGCCUCUGCAGCUCUGAAAAAUCUUACACGCCGUUUGGAGGCCUGUACAGACCCAGGCGAUUUUGCUCACCAAUUUUCGCGCACCCGAAAAGUAGGGUUUAGUUUUAAAAAUCAUCCGAGGCCUCUUUUACUUGGAUCACUUGUGGUAAAGGUCAGCUAAGACACUAUGGAGGAUGAUUCAGCUGCAGGGCAAGCGGAUCUGCUCUUCCCGGGGAUGCCGAGCAGCGGGGAUGACCCCUCUGACGAUGACCAUGAUCUGACUGCUGCAAACUCAGAGGAAGAGGACUCAGAGGAUGAGGGCCUGGAUGAGGAGGAGGACGAGCUGUCAGCUCAUAAUGUCAGGAAGGCCCUCAAGAGGCCCCGCGAGGAGUCCUCAGGGGACGAGGAUGAAGAGGGGCCCGGUAAUGAUCUGCUGGACAUGCCCCCUCGGAAGAGGGGCCUGGAUGACAUCAUGAGGGAGUUUGGGGAGGACGAUGGCCUGGAUGAUGAUGAGGAUGAUGACAGCGACGAGGAUGACGAGGAGUGGACCCCCUGGGGCAAGCCCUCCUGGGUCUGCGUCAACUGCACUUGCUCCACCGGGGAUGAGUACACCUUCUGCUCGUUCUGUGGAGAGCACCGUCGGUCGGGCAUCCUUCAGCGGGGCUUCAUGGCCAGCCCUGACAUCCCCGGGGACGCUGGGGUGGCUGAAGAUGGCCCCCUGUAUGCGGCAGAACCCGUGCAGCUGUCUGAGGAGGAGCUACGAGCGGCUACUGCCAUUGGAACUGACGACAAGAUGCUCCUGCAUUUUGAGGGGAAGCCAAGCCCCCACCCGGAGAGGCCCGAUCGGCUGAGGGCAAUUGUCGCAGGGCUUGUUCAUGCUGGCCUGUUCCCCAACCGCUGCGUCCCCUUCCCCACAAGAGAAGCUGAACAAUCGGCCAUUGAGUCGGUUCACACAAGUCAUCAUGUUGAUGAAGUGGAGUUGACUGCCGGCUGUGACCUCAAGUACUUCACCUCAGACACGUACGCCAAUGCCAACACCUGCCAGGCCGCCCGGCUCGCAGCAGGGAUCUCGCUCGACAUGGCAGCUGCUAUUGCCUCCGGGAAGCUCAAGAACGGAGUAGCGGUCGUCCGCCCCCCUGGUCAUCACGCAGAGUCGGAGGCCAUCAUGGGCUUCUGCCUGCACAAUAACGCGGCGGUCGCUGCCAAGGCCGCGCAGGCAGCCGGAGCGAAGAAGAUCCUCAUUGUGGACUGGGACGUCCAUCACGGAAACGGCACCCAGGAGAUCUUUGAAGGCGAUCCUUCGGUGCUGUACGUUUCUUUGCACCGUCACGAGGCGGGCCACUUCUACCCGGGCACUGGGGGUGUCUACGAAGUAGGGUCGGGCCAAGGGGCGGGCUACUCGGUUAACAUACCAUGGCCGUGUGGAAAUAUCGGGGAUUCAGAUUACAUUGCGGCCUUCACGCGCAUCAUUCUACCCCUUGCUUACCAGUUUGCCCCGGACAUGACCAUCAUCUCAGCAGGCUUUGACGCGGCUGCGGGCGAUCCCCUGGGGGGAUGUCAAGUGUCGCCAGCUGGCUAUGCGCAUAUGACUUCCCUCUUGAAGCCCCUGGCCCAAGGCCGGAUGCUCAUCGUGCUCGAGGGGGGCUACAACCUCCGCUCCAUCUCGUCAUCUUUAGCGGCAUGCACUCAGGUUCUGUUGGGCGAGGCCCCCCCCGCGCUGCCGGCCGGGCUCCAGCCUAGCGAGGCGGGGCUGGCCGUGAUUGCGGAGGUGAGCGCAGUGCAGGCGCGCUACUGGACGGUGCUGGGCCACCAGGAGAUCCAGGUGCACCCCAUCAUGUCCGGGGAGGAGGAGGACGAGCUCGACUCGCUGCAAGACGCCAAGGCGCUCCCGCGGCUCACCAGCAACGGGGACCAUGCCGGUGACGCUGGGGAGGAGGCCCUGGGGCCGCACAAAUAUUGGCUACCCCCGUCUGCCCCGUCUAGCCUCCCCUCUCCUAGCUACCCCCCCGGAGCAGCAUCCCCUCACAGCUUCACGCGCAUCCCUUCUCCACGUCACCCAAGCUUGGAGCCCCUCCCUUCCGAGCCCGUCAGCGUCCCCACUUUCACCCAACCGGGACCCCCCCGCCCGCAACCAAACCCCCUGCCGCCAGCUCAUCGCCCGCCGCAAGUCACGGGGAUGCCGCCCCCCAGCUACGUGGCAUCCCCUAUACACCAACCGUUCUACUACCCGUCCCCCGCGCAUCCCUCGAGUUACCACCAUCCCUCCCCCGCCCAUCCUUCCACAUAUCACCACCCGUCCCCCAGCAGGGCCGCCAUGCUGACGUCACCCCAGCACCCGUCGCAGCACGGGGCGGCCCCCGCGCACCACCCCUCCCCCGCUUACCAGAACCACCCGCAGUCCAUUUUCCACCCCCCCACCGCGUCGCCGCAGCACCAUUGUGUACCAUAUGUAACAUCUACGGUCCACUUGAAAGCGAGCGCCCCUACGGGGCCCCCUACUGUGGCGCCUCUCAUCCCCCGCCCGUUGAACCCUCAGCAAAAGCGGCCCGAAGUUGCACGGUCCCCUUCGGUGCAGCCCUCUUCAACUUCUCAGCCCGCGGAAACGAUGAAAAGAUCAGCCUCGGUUACGCGUCUCUCGCAAGCCUCCCCGCCUUCAGACAUAGCACUCCCCGGCCCUGCCCUUGCGCAGCCGCCAGCUGUCGUUUCAGCGCAGCCGUCAAUUGUUCUUUCAGCCCAGCCGUCAACAGUCCCCGCAGAGCAGCCGGAAGCCUAAGACUGCAAGAGCGGGUUUAAGAGCGGGUUUACAUACAUAGAUACGCAACCUUUGAAUGUUCCGAAUGGAGUCCUGGGUCGUAUAUUAGGCAGCUUUGGCAAACGAAACCUAUGUAGUCAACACAGACAGGCUUGGGAACCGCCUGUCAGCAGGGCGUCUGACCCAUUUAUACGUAAGGGCACAGUCGAUGGGUUCUCCUGUCCUGGCUAUCUAGGCUGUCUUCAGCGAAUGUCUACCAGGUCGCGCUUCCCCAGCAAGCGCACGUAAGUUGCAUCGACGCAUUCAAGGGCCGAUCUGGUGGAAGUGGGGCCGCCGAAAGGGGAUGUACAAAUUGUGGCAAGCGGCCAAUUUUGGUUACAAACUCAAGCGGAUCACAGGGCAGUGAUUAAGCAGGUUCGGUGGCUGAGUUGUGUUUGAUCGGGUUGUGUCUGUAUGUUAGCAACCAAUUCGCUCAGCAGGUUAAACGUCUCUUGUAUUGACACGGUUCCAUUGCGGCGUAUGCUGCCUGAAUAGCACUCUCUGAUUUCGAAGAUUCUGUGACUAAAUUGGUAAAGCAGAUAUGAAAGAAAUUGUGGUCAAAUGCGUACCACGACUUCCAAGU